AUGGCCGAAUGCUGGGCUGAGUUUGCGGCCAGCGUGCUCUCGGUGGAAUUGAGCCGCGUGAGAGAGCAUCUGGAGUCCGAUUCAGAUGCUGAGGCGCCCUACCGCGAGCUGUAUGCAGCGGCCGAAGCGCUGAAAGGUCUGGAGGCUCGCGCAACCGCAAUCGCCGAAGACGCGGCCGGCGACGCCGGCCCGAGCGCGCGCGCCGCGGCGCGCUGGUGCGUGGACCGCUUGCGGCUGGAGCGCGGCCUGGCGCUGCUGCAGACCGACCUGCUUUCGGAGGGCGAGGCAUUAGUCGCCGCGUCCCUGGCGACACACCACGCCUGGCCGCUGCUGGAAGCGCUGCGCGCGCGCAACGCGCUGGGCGCGCUGUGGUGCGCCCGCGACGACGCGCCGCGCGCGCUGGACCACCUGCAAGAGGCACAGGCGCUGUACACUGCGCGCCGCGGCUGCGCCGCGGGUUGCGGCGGCGGCGGCAGGGCGCGCGGCGGCACGGCCGGCGCCGCCGCCGCCAUCGCGGCAGACGGCCUCGGCGCACUCAGCCUCGCCGACGCGGGCCCCUCGCCGGCCGCGGCGGCGGCGCCGCCAAUGGAUGCUGCGGCACCAGCAGCGGCAGCAGGCGCUUCUCCGGCGGCGCCGCCCGGCGGCGUGGGGCCAGCAGCUGCAGCUCAGCAGGGUCAUCAGGAUGCUGACUGUGCGGAGCGCGAGUCGCCGGAGUGGGCGUCCCCGCUGCGCCCCGGAGACAUCGAUGCGGCCGUCGAGGACGCCCACACACAAACGCUGUUCUUCUUGGCGCAAGUCCACGGGCUGGCCGGGGACCGAGCCGCGUCGGCUGCAUUCUGCGCUGCAACCCUCGCCCGCCAGGCGCGAAAGCCGGGUGAUGUGGACGUUGACGAAUGGGUGCAGAACGUGCUGCAGCUGUCGGGGUUCUACAUCGAGCGCAGCUGCUUCGCGAUGGCGCGCCACUGCUUGGAGGCGGUGCGCGCGCUGCUGCAGCAGCGCCGGCGGCAGCAGCAGGAGCAGCAGCAGCAGCAGCAGCAGCAGCAGCAGCAGCAGCAGCAGCAGCAGGAGCAGCAGGAGCAGCAGGCCUCGGCGGACUCCCCAAAUGCAGCAGCAGCAGCAGCAGCGACAGCGGAGGGCGGCGAGGAGGAGGGGCCCGGAGGGCCGGGCGGCGGCGGGGCGGCCGAGCGGGCGGCGGGCGAGGAGGGAGACGGCGCUUGGGGGCGAGACACCGCCGGCGGCGAGGGCAAGCAGCGGCAGCAUGACCAAGAGUUGGGCCCAAAGCCCUCCCUGCGCCCCGCUGCCCCCGCCACCGGCGCCGCUGCCGCCGCGGCGCUCAACCCCGGUGAACCCACGCGGGCGGCGGUUGUCGACGACCUGCUGAGUCAGCUCGAGGCCGACGUGGCCGCAAACGUGGCGCUCGCGUGGGGCAAGCUGUUUUUGUACCGUCUGGUGGCGUCCCACGAUGUCGGGCUGCUGGGGCGGCCUUCAAAAUGCACCAUUUUGGGGCCGGGUGACGUGCCCUCGGAGGCCAGGUUUGACGAUCUGCCUGGCAUGCCCGCGCUCGAGUCGCUGCCAGAGUGGCGGAGCGGCGGGCGGGUCCCGGACUACGAGGGGGCCCGCGGGCUCGCCAACGCCGCGCUGCCGCUGCUCAGCGCCCCGCUCCGCUGA